AUGGCACGCCACAAAUUCAAUGCCGAUCUGGCUCAGGCAUCCCGCGAGCAAGUUGAGCAUAUCUCGGGCCUUCAGAAAGGAGAUGACGAUGGCGAACUCACCUUCGUUCUUUCCCAUGAUGCUCUACCAUCUCCUCUCACCGUUUGCCUUACUGCCUUGAAUGUGGACGACUACCCGCAUGGCCCUGGCUUUGUGGCAUACACCAAGGAGGAAUCUGUCUCGAGUACUGUUUCCAAAGUCCUUGACGAUAUUCCCAACCUCAGUCAGGGCAGAACCAUACUGAAGACGCUGGUAAUUAUCUCAAAGAAGCUGAGCUCAAACCUCAACUCGGCGAACGUUGACGAAGGCUCGGAUGUGGAAAUGACGGAUAUUGACGACGACGAACAUUGCGGCAAUUACGAAGACGAGGACGAAGAAGAGUACGACGACGAGGACUACGAAUAUGACGAUAUUGACUUCGGCAUUGAUUUUGGCGGUGAUGCUACUCCGCAACCACCCAGCCAUUUAGCCAAGUUCCCUAGCCGCCUAAUCGACGAUCUUCAGAAAGCCAAAGACGCCGGUUUCAAGAUUUCUCUGUUGGGCGACGCUGCCACACACGAGGAAAGUUGCAUCUUCGCACUUUCCCUUCUAGUCGAACACCUGGGGAUUAGCGAGGACACACUAGAGGCCUGGGAAAUUAGCGCUUCAGAUUACAUCGUAUUGCUAUUCAAGUACGAUGCAGGUUAUCCUUGUGUGGAAACAUUUACGAAGCUUCCCGCAGGUCAUUCGGAAUCUAUGCAGUUUCGUUUGGGAAAGUGCGCCUCUUUCAAGCCCACCCUUCACUCAGCACUCAUUCCAUUCCAAAAGAAUCUCGACACUGCCAAGAAGAUCUCAGAGAAAGACGGCCUGCCGAAGGAGACCUCUCGCGAGGCGGCGUUUUGCUCAAUGCCCAUUUCGGAAUCGCUGGACAUUUUCCUGAAUAAGGAGUUUGCCACCCUGCUGAAGACUCGAUUGGAUGAUGGUGUCUCCUGGGACCGCGCAAAGGACAUGAUGGAGGAGAUGACCAAAGAAGGGCACCUGCGUGUCGACAGCUCCACACAAAGCAGUCCCGAUUCGAAGCGAAGCCAAACGGCCGGCAGCUCGAUUGAAGAAGAGGCUCAAGUCUCGACGUCAGCUCUCACAUCGCUCAACAAGGACUACGUACGACAAAACCCCCGGGAUACGGGCCCAUUGCCGCGCGAAGAACUCAGCUUGCCCCUGAUUGCGAUGCAGUUCGCUCUGCGCUACUUUGUCAAAAGCACGCAGUACUGCCUCGUAUGCCAUCGCAAAACUGAACCUGGAUUUACUGCCCUCAAGCCGUACGUCUGCAACGAUCCUCUCUGUCUCUUCCAGUAUAUGGCUUUAGGUCUGGGUCCCAGUACUGAGCACGACAUCAUCGCUCGUCCCUAUGUCGUCGACCUGUUGAUCAGUUUCUGCGCUGCUGCUCUGAAAAGUGGCCGAAUUCGAGAAUGGCCGCGAGGUCUGUCUAUCAAAGUCCCCGUCCCGAGCCAUGUCACACCAGGAGAUUCCACGUCCGCGACGAACAGAUUCCAGGCAACAACGAUGCAGGUCCCGAUUCAGGCCCCAAUGCAGCCGCAGAUAGUACAAGAUUCCGGAAUUCUAGUCUGGGCCCAGAUUUCUGCUGGGAAGUUCAACGUGCGCUUCUCCGAGAAACUGGAGAAGUUGCGACCGGGAGACAUGAUCAUUUUGGCCAAACGUGUUUUGCGCCGCGAUGGGAAAGAUCUAAACAUGCACCAUUGCCGCAUCACCUCAGUCAAAACGAUCCAUGACGACAGCGGCAACGAUUGUGGCAAAGCGUUUGAGUUCGAUCGUCUCAUAUCAACCGACAAAGUAACGUACCAUAGUACAGUUGUUCAACCGCGCCCCGGGUAUACUCAACCGCCUUUUGAGACACACGUCUAUCACGAAGAACACAUCGAUGAUGAGGAGGGCGAUGCUGAGCUAUAUCUCUACGAUCAUGAUCUCGACAGUCUGAGCGAAGCGUAUCGGAGGGAGGCGUUAUUGAUUCUCGUGCAGACGAUCCCUCCCAUCAGAUACCUACGGGACUUUCUUCUUAGCCACCAAGGCUGGUCUCUAUCUAAGUACAAGAUGAUAUCCAAGUCGGCUCUGGCUUUGCUUCGAUGGGUUGUGGCUUCCAACCGCUCGCUCAUUGUACAGAUUGACCAGCCGGUUGACCUUGACAUUGGCGGGAUUCAAGCGACUGAGGCUCGACAAAAGGAACGCUUCGUCGGAUUGGGUGACGAUUGGAUGCAAUUCCGCUUUGCCCAAGGAUCCCCUGAGAAAGAGAAUCGGUUCAAGAAAGAGCUUGAGAAGGAGGCGAGUCAAAGAUACCCAACGAUGUUUGCAUGGCACGGGAGCCCGCUCGGGAAUUGGCACAGUAUCAUCCGGACUGGUUUGGACUUCAAACAAAUGCUCCAUGGGCGUGCCUAUGGUCAUGGAGUGUACUUCGCCCGCGAUUUCGCAACAAGCUUGGGCUACUGCAUGAAGCAGGGCAACGAGACAUCAUGGGCGGGUUCGGAACUCAAGCUGUACGCCGCUAUGAGUCUCUGCGAGAUUAUCAACCGUCCGGAAAGAUUCAAAUCCGUUCAUCCGUACUAUGUUGUCGACGAGGUUGAUUGGAUCCAGUGCCGCUACCUCAUUAUUCAGCGGAACCAAUCAGUGAAGCACGAAGAAGAGCCAGAGACGAAGCCGGAGUACAUCUUACAAGAUCCCAAGUGGCAACCGGUGGGGAUUAACAAUACCAUGUUGGAGAUCCCAGCUGCAGCACUGCCAAAGUGGCGCCAGAAAUCCGUUGUUCCAGGGUCCUCGUGGUCUCAGCCGAUCAUCCUCACGGAUGAUUCGGGCGACGACCAGCCAGAUGACUUUGACAAGAUCAUGGACCUCCGAAAGGAGACAGAGAACGACAACAAAGACGCCGAUACAGUCGUCCUUGAUGCCGAACCGGAGACUGAUCCAGACAAGACCUCUUUCACGCCGGGCACACUUGACGUAACGACACUGCCUCAGCUGCCGGCCCCGAGCUGGGCUUCAGACGCGGGGCGAAAGGUCCUCGGCAAAGAGCUUGGCAAGUUACAGAAGGUGCAGGCUACAACACCUCUUCAUCAGCUCGGCUGGUUCAUCGAUUUUAGCAACAUUACAAACAUGUUUCAGUGGAUCGUUGAGCUGCACAGCUUCGAAAAGUCCUUGCCUCUUGCGCAGGAUAUGGAGCGAGCAGGCGUUGAGAGCAUCGUCCUCGAGAUCCGAUUUGGCCGCCAGUUCCCUCACUCGCCCCCCUUCGUCCGGGUCGUUCGCCCCCGUUUCUUACCCUUUUCGCGCAGAGGUGGUGGUCAUGUCACGGCUGGCGGUGCCAUGUGCAUGGAGCUUCUGACGAACAGCGGUUGGUCUGUUGCGAGCAGUAUGGAGAGUGUUCUACUCCAGGUUCGCUUGGCUCUGUGCAAUCUCGAGCCUUUUCCAGCUAGACUUGAGUACCAGGGAACAGGCCCAAUGACUGGAGGAGGACGGGACUACGGCGUCGGCGAGGCCAUUGAUGCGUACAGACGCUCUGCCAUGGCCCAUGGCUGGCAGGUGCCUCCAGACCUACACUUGACGGCCAAUGCGAUGUGA